UCAAAAACCCAGCUCAUCCAGAUACAUGUUCAAGCCGACCUGCUUCACGUGGUAGGCAACGCCUCUAUCUGGAGGAGCUGGGCGUGCAAAGGCGGUUGGUGUUUGUUGAAUCGGAGAGAGAAAGUAGCGGUGAUAAUGGGGUUGCUGUCCCUCUCUCUGUGUCAAUCUUGUUCGGUUCCCAUGGCGGCGCCAAUGGUACACUUAUCAUCAAGACCGGCUUCUCCAUCGUCGACCGCCCAUUUCUGCCAAAUCAGAGGCGGAGCGCCGUCUCUCUCUCUAACGCCGUUGUUGGCUCUCCGGCGAACCGGAGUUAGCCGAAUCGGUCGGAGGUCACAGGUCGUGUGCAUGGCUCCGGAAGAAGAGAAGAUGACUCGCCGUUCCCCUCUGGAUUUCCCCAUAGAGUGGGAAAGGCCCAAGCCCGGGCGGCGACCAGAUAUAUUCCCCCAGUUUAGCCCAAUGAAAACACCAUUACCACCCCCCUUGCCAGCGGAUCCUCCCGAAGAAGAUGAGGAAGAGGAAGAAAAGAAAGAGGAAGAAGAGGACGAUCCUGAGCAGGAGAAUCCAGAUAAACCAGAUAAUCAGUAGCUUCUAUAAGUUUUGCAGUCUGAAGAGGAAGCGGGAAUCGACUCUUUUCAAGCUUUAGUUUUGCUUAAUGUGUGCUUUUCAUUUGCAUGUAGUCAAGUUUAGCCAAUGCAGUGGAUACCGCCACAGCCAGGAAAAGGGUGCUGCGGAUGCUAGUGAGUGUGAGCAACAACAUCAGAGGGUAGGUAAUAGUUAAGCCAUGUGUAGUAUGUUUUCUUGUGGGUUUUGCAGAUCAAAUUGUUUAGACAAGAACCUUCAAAAUAAUAUUUGUCACACCAUUUAUGUACGACUAGAAUCAGAUUCUUGUAGUUGAUAAAAGUUUGGUGAUUCUUACCAUUUUAUUUGGUUUAAAAUAUCCUGACACAUCUUGAUGAGCAAA